UUGUUUUGUUUACAUUUGGAGAAGACGCCCAGUUCCAAGCAACUACACCAGCCUGUCCUUUCCUUUCUGAAAACCUGGCAUCCCAUGUGGAUUUCUGGUAGAAUGAUCAAUGCAAAGAGCUGGCUUACACUUGGCAUGUCCUUGUGUUUCUGGGGCUUGAUGGAUCUUACCACGGCGGUUCUCUCAGGCACCCCUUCCCCGCGAGGCAGCUUGGAAGCGCUCCUGUCAGACAAGCCACUGGCACAUUCGAGAACCAAGAGGAGCUGGGUUUGGAACCAGUUUUUUGUUCUGGAAGAGUACACGGGAACUGACCCUUUGUAUGUCGGCAAGCUCCAUUCAGACAUGGACAGAGGGGAUGGGUCCAUCAAAUAUAUCCUCUCUGGAGAAGGCGCAGGCAUCGUAUUUACCAUCGACGACACCACGGGAGAUAUCCAUGCCAUUCAGAGGCUCGACCGGGAGGAGAGGUCCCAGUACACACUAAGGGCUCAAGCCCUCGACAGGCGGACAGGCCGGCCCAUGGAGCCCGAGUCCGAGUUCAUCAUCAAAAUCCAGGAUAUCAAUGACAACGAGCCCAAGUUCCUGGAUGGACCUUAUGUCGCCACCGUACCGGAAAUGUCACCAGUGGGGACCUCUGUCAUCCAGGUGACGGCCACCGAUGCCGACGACCCAACCUACGGGAACAGUGCCCGGGUCGUGUACAGCAUCCUCCAGGGCCAGCCCUAUUUUUCCGUGGACUCCAAAACAGGCGUUAUCAGGACAGCCCUCAUGAACAUGGACCGAGAAGCCAAAGAAUACUACGAAGUCAUUGUACAGGCCAAGGACAUGGGCGGGCAGCUCGGAGGGUUGGCCGGGACCACCACCGUCAACAUCACCCUGUCGGAUGUCAACGACAACCCGCCCCGCUUUCCCCAGAAGCAUUAUCAAAUGAGUGUCUUGGAAUCAGCUCCAGUGAGCUCCACUGUAGGGAGAGUAUUUGCCAAGGACUUGGACGAAGGCAUCAAUGCCGAGAUGAAGUACACUAUUGUGGAUGGAGAUGGUGCUGAUGCUUUUGACAUUAACACAGAUCCCAACUUCCAAGUUGGCAUCAUCACCGUCAAGAAGCCCCUGAGUUUUGAAAGCAAGAAAAGCUACACCUUAAAAGUGGAAGGCGCCAACCCUCACCUCGAGAUGCGUUUUCUGAACCUGGGCCCCUUUCAGGACACAACCACGGUGCACAUCAGUGUGGAGGACGUGGAUGAGCCCCCAGUAUUUGAACCGGGCUUUUAUUUUGUGGAGGUUCCUGAGGAUGUGCCCAUCGGAACGACCAUUCAGGUCAUUUCUGCCAAGGACCCAGAUGUGACCAACAACUCGAUCAGAUACUCCAUUGACCGAAGCAGUGACCCUGGAAGAUUCUUCUAUGUUGACAUUACAACAGGUGCCCUAAUGACUGCAAGACCCCUUGACCGGGAAGAAUUUUCUUGGCAUAAUAUUACAGUCCUUGCUAUGGAAAUGAACAACCCUUCCCAGGUCGGAAGUGUUUCUGUCACAAUCAAAGUCUUAGAUGUGAAUGACAAUGCUCCAGAGUUCCCCCGAUUCUAUGAAGCUUUUGUCUGUGAGAAUGCCAAAGCAGGGCAGCUGAUCCAGACAGUGAGUGCAGUGGACCAAGAUGACCCUCAUAAUGGUCAGCACUUCCACUAUAGCUUGGUUCCUGAGGCUGCCAGCAACCCCAACUUCACAGUAAGGGACAACCAAGAUAACACCGCCCGGAUUCUCACCAGAAGGUCUGGCUUCCGGCAGCAGGAGCAGAGUGCCUUUUACCUGCCCAUCCAGAUAUCAGACAACGGGCAGCCCGCACUGAGCAGCACAGGCACGCUCACCAUCCAGGUGUGCAGCUGUGAUGACAACGGCCACGUCCUGUCCUGCAGCCCUGAGGCCUACAUGCUCCCAGUCAGCUUGAGCCGGGGUGCCCUCAUUGCCAUCCUUGCCUGCAUCUUUGUCCUCUUAGUGCUGGUGCUGCUGAUCCUGUCCAUGCGGCGGCACCGGAAGCAGCCGUACAUCAUCGACGACGACGAGAACAUCCACGAGAACAUCGUGCGCUACGACGACGAGGGUGGCGGCGAGGAGGACACGGAGGCCUUUGACAUCGCAGCCAUGUGGAACCCGCGGGAGGCGCAGGCGGGCGGCGCGCCCAAGGCCCGGCAGGACAUGCUGCCGGAGAUCGAGAGCCUGUCGCGCCACGUGCCCCAGACGUGCGCCGUGAGCAGCACCGUGCACAGCUACGUGCUGGCCAAGCUCUACGAGGCCGACGCCGACCUGUGGGCGCCGCCCUUCGACUCGCUGCAGACCUACAUGUUCGAGGGCGACGGCUCGGUGGCCGGCUCGCUCAGCUCGCUGCAGUCGGCCACGUCGGACUCGGAGCAGAGCUUCGACUUCCUCACGGACUGGGGGCCCCGCUUCCGGAAGCUGGCGGAGCUCUACGGGGCGGCCGAGGGGCCGGUGCCCCCGCUGUGGUGACGGA